GGACAGUGCCUAUUCCUUACUAGGUGGGUAAUUUAUCAACGAGGAAGGAGGCAAGGACGGAGGACCUACAUCUGACAGAAACACACUGUGAGAAGGCCGAAUUGCAGGCUGGAUAAUUUUUUUUAUUAUUUUUUCUUUUUUAGGUUAACAUACACAGUUUGAAAACAAACACAUGGUUUGGUGCUUACAUGUUUCUGCCUAAUUCUUUUUUAUGUUACUUGUUUUUCUGGGAUGCUUAUUUGGUUAAUGAGAUCUAAGGUUAGAAGAAAACAAUAAAUGAGCAAACAAAAAAGGAAAGAGAAGUCUCUUACUUUGCCGUUUUGCUUAGGGCCCAGAUAGCGACCUAACGCUACCGAAAUUCCUUCUCUAUUUAAACAAACAAAAGAAUGCAAUGAUAAUGAUUAUGAUGACGACAACACGACGACGACGACGAACAACAGUUAUAAGGCACAUUAGAUAGCUUCACGGUUUCCAAAACGCUUCUCCUCCCAUGACAUAGGAUGUACAAGUAUGAUGUUCCCCUUUGUGAGAGAGAAAACAGGCUCAGAAGCUUUCGGGAACUUGCCUAGGGUCACGCAGCGAGCAGGGAAGGGGUCAGAGCUGGGACUCCGACUCCAGCUCUCGGGCCUCCGGUCUGGGAAGCAGGACCUGCUGCCUCCUGCUCCGGGGAUGGCGAUGAGGAAGGCAUGGGGGGGUGGGGAGGGGGGCAGGACAAUGACAGGAAGGCAGGCCAGGCUAGGCAGGCCCUGCUCAGUCUAGGGGAAGCCGAGGCUCCCGCCUGCAGGCUUCUGUCCCCAGCCAGAGCUCGAGUCGGCUCCUCUCUGCCGUCCUCUCCUUCGCUCUUAGGGUUACUUUUCGUGUCCCUCUCCUAGAUGGUGGGUGCCAUGCAGACGGGGACCUGUCUUAGCCAAGCUUGUCUCUCCCCCAGAGCCAAGCACGUUUCUGGUCGUAGCGGGAGUUAACAUAGUCAAAGGGGGUUGAGUAUUUGGGUGUUUGCUGUGGAAGGUCUCUGCUGAGUGCCCAAUGGGGGGAAGCCAGGCAGGCCAUGGGAGAGGGUAGGGAGGGCUUUGCCCACGGUGCGCUGGGGAAGUCAGGGAAGGCUUCCAGGGAGAGGUGGGGCUCCUUAUGGAAGGGUCAGCUUCCUGGCUGGACACUCUGUAAGAUGUUGUCUUUCGUGACUUUUUGGGGGGCUCUGGACCUGUGAUUUAUGUCAAAGGUAGGUCUGGUAGCUUUGGGACCACGCGAUGGCUGGCAAAGCCCGGUUCCCUGCCUUGACUGACCCUCUCUACCUCUGGGUUUCCUUUGCAGAUCUUGGGGGACAUGGCUGUGGAUGUGACUGAAUACCAUCUUAGCGUUAUCAAGAGUCCUCCCGGCUGGGAGAUUGGGAUCUACGUCACCGGGGCCCUUGCCUUGCUGGGGGUCGCUGCUGUGAAUCUGUGGAGGCUCUGCAAAUCGGGCAGCUUCCCCAUCCCGUCUCCCUUCCCAAACUACGACUACCGGUACCUGCAGAAGAAGUACGGAGUCACCUACUCUGAAGCCAGGCAGAAGAGAACCAUGGCCUGGAGUAGCCGAAAGUCCGGGGAGCGUGGCUCUCCCAGCCGCAAGAGCAGCCUGAGGAUGGACGAUGCCUUCGAGAGCAUCAGUGAGCUGGGGCCCCUGGAGCUGAUGAGCCGGGACCUGGACCUGGCGCCCUACGGGCCCCUCAAGAAGUCCCAGUCCGCAGACUCACUCAACUCCAUCUCCUCCGUAAACAACAACCUGGGCCAAGACUUCCUGCUGGGCCAGGUGGAGGUGAACAUAACCUACGAGCCCAGGAGCCACCUCCUGCGCGUGGACGUGGUGCAGGGCAAGGACCUGAUGGAGAAGGAGGACCCUGCCUUCGACUCCUGCUUCCUGCGCGUCAGCCUGCUGCCCGACGAGCAGAUCGUGGGCAUCUCGCGGAUCCAAAGGAACGCCUACUCCAUCUUCUUUGACGAGAAGUUCUCCAUCUACGUGGAUCCGGCCGCCAUGGAGGACAGCAGCCUGCGCUUUUCCGUCUUUGGCAUCGAUGACGACGACAGAAACAUCAGCACCGGCGCGGUGGACCUGAAGCUGUCCGUCUUGGAGCUGGCCCAGCAGCCCUUCAACGGCUGGCUCUACCUCCAGGACCUGAACAAGGCCUCGGACGCGGUGGGCGAAAUCUUGCUCUCCCUCAGCUACCUGCCCACGGCCGAGCGACUCACCGUGGUGGUGGUGAAGGCCAAGAACCUUGUGUGGACCAACGACAAGGCAACUGCUGAUCCCUUUGUCAAGGUGUACCUGCUUCAGGAUGGGAGGAAGAUAAGCAAGAAGAAGACAGCCGUGAAGAAAGACGAUGCCCACCCGGUGUUCAACGAGGCCAUGAUCUUCUCAGUCCCGGCCAUUGUGCUACAGGACCUGUCUCUGAGAGUGACAGUGGCUGAGUGUGGCAGCGACGGGCGGGCCGACAACAUUGGUCAUGUGAUCAUCGGCCCCUCGGCCAGUGGCAUGGGCGUCACCCACUGGAACCAGAUGCUGGCCACCCUGCGCAAGCCUGUGUCCAUGUGGCACGCUGUGCGGCGAAACUAGAAGUCCUCUCCGAUGCUGCAGCCCCUUCUGGGCCCCCCUGCCACCACCCUGGGGUCCAGCACAGACUCUGCCCUCUCCAUUCUCCUGUCCCUGCAUUCCCAGCUGCGUGAAACGGGGACACAGCCCCACAAGACUCUGCCCUUCUCUGCCCACCCUGCCUCCCUCC